CAGACCAGUGGGUUCACACUUCAUCCUGGGUAUAAAGCAACAGAGUCAACUCCUCUCUCACACACAGGCACGCGCACACCAAAUAUGCUCAGAAUGACACGGACCAGCACAGCGUUUGUCAUUUUACUCUUUUUUCUUCUUCAUACCACUUCUGGAGAAAGUGGUUCUACCUCAGAAGAUGAGUCUGAUGAUGAAUUAGAGAACAUGGACAUUGAGUGUUUCAGCCAGCUGGAAAUUAAGGAAGACUGUCACUCCCUAACAUGCAACGUUACAGAAUUGGACCUUAACAAUACUAACGUUAACUUUACAGUAUGCAGCACCAUCAUUGAAAAGCGUAUAUGUGCGACUAUGGAGAAACAGGAAGGCACAUAUUUUUUAUAUUUCUAUGGAAUCCUCUCGCCUAAGGACAUUUGUGUGGUCCUUGAGUCAAACAGACCGUACUGCAGGAGUGUGGAAGUAACCCAUAUUGUUAAGCCUGAGACUCCAUUUGGCAUAAAUAUCACAUUCCGAAAGGAUGCAAACGAGUAUUUUAUUCGAUACAAGACUCCGCAUUCAAAGAAAAAAUAUCUAAAGGACAAAUUAAUACACGAAACAGCCUAUCGGCAGGAAAACGGGACUUGGGAAACAAUACAGUCUCCAUAUCUUUGGGUAAAAUUACUGGGGAAAAGCCUUCAGAUGGGUGCAAGUUAUGAAGUGAAGGUGCGAUCAAAGCCCAAUGGAAAGUAUUUCAAGGGUAUCUGGAGUGAAUGGAGCUCCUCUGAAUACUUCCAAAUGGAAGCGGAACACCCCAGAAAGAAAAGCAUUGACAUGGUUGUGGUUAUAACUACUGUGGGCUUCAUUUUGCUCUUUGUCCCGCUUGUUCUGAUCCUAACAUUUUGGAAAACCAGAAUCAAGCCAGUUUUGUGGCCAAAUCUUCCGGAUCAUAAAAAAACUUUGGAGCAAUUGUGCAAGAAGCCAAAAAAGAAUUUUGAUACAAGCUUUAACCCAGAAAGUUUUGGGUAUGUUCAUAUUCACAAAGUGGACGGCAUUCAAGCCAAAGCAGAAGUGGAAUGUUUUCUGCAGCCAUCGGCUCCUCUAGAUGCAGAUGUUUCAGAAAAAGUUUGCAAUGGAUCAUCAGAGAUGAAGACAAGCCUCGCUGCUGUAGACAAAAGCGUCUUAAAGCUUCCUGUGACUUAUGGAGGCAUUUGGCCAUCUGACACAUUGAGUGGGCACUUAUGUGAGACUCACCCUUCCAUGUUAGAUGGCUCCAGCAAUGACAUCCCAUAUAAGGUGUGCAGUAGCAAUGGUACACAACUAUAUAAUUGUGGUCCUAUGACCCACUCCAGCUCUUCAGCAGACCCCAUGGUUCAGCCCAGAUCAGGACCCCUAAAUAUCAACACAAUGUCGCUAAUACAGCCCAAUAAUGGAGUUAAGUCAUCAAAUAAGGACGAAGCAUAUGUCACAAUGUCCAGCUUUUGCAAAAAUCAGUAAACCUCAAAAACCAUAGGAGUUGCUGUAACAGAGCAGACUAUUGGUCCUUCUUGUUUGGGUCUCCUGCCUCUUGCUGAUUGAUUCAGUAAACAAUAAAUUCAGUAAUAAUGUACCUAUCCCCAUUUUGCAAUGCUGUAAUCAAUGGGAAUGGAUUUUUCUUGGCCUGCAAGGACAAUGGACCAAUUUCCAUUCUCAAUUACACCAGUGCCAAUGUGGAGUAAAUCCAGUGUAACUGAAAACAAAUUUAGUUCAAUCAGUUUAAGACCUUAAUCAUGGGAGGUGAUUGCCAUAUAACUUACUAUUACAUUGCACUUGUCGACUGCCCUCUAUCCAACCAUUGAUGAGUGCUUCACAUUCAUUAACGCUCCUAUUGACAGCUCAGUUUACACAGCUACAGAUUUUAAUGAUCAUAAAAUCCCUAUCAUGAAACAUGGUUGCAAAGUCUAGAUAGGUUAAGUAGAUUCUGAUCUCACUUAAACUGGGGUGACUGAAUCCGGAGUAACUUGGCUGAAGUCAGUAGCAUUAUACCAGGUGUUAAAAAAACAGAACAAGUGAGAUCAGACUCAGCUUGUAUUAGUUUGGGAUUCAAGAUCUGAGCUUGGUAACUCAUUCCCCAUCCAGUACUCACAUCCCAGGGGAAAGAGUGCACACACAGCAUCACUUGCUAAUGAACGCUGACACACUCCCAAGAUAACAGCACCCAUCCUACCACAGCCACAGCAAGGGCUGUGCUGAUGCAUGGCGUGUGAGACGGUGUACCAUAAUGAGUAAAAAUAGCAUUUUGGUGCUCAAAGGAUUCAAAUAGAUCAGCUAAGCCUGCAGCUUGUGUAUGUAAGAAGGUAGGAGGUGGAAGCAGAAGGCCAGAGGGAACCGGGGCCAACAAAUGUAAACACAGUCAUAGUGGUUUUAUGCAGGGAUGGGCCCCCAACACCCACCCCCCCAAUAUUGACCCUCCCUGGACACUGGGAAAGUUCAGACCCAGAGCCAAACUUAGUAACUCAGGCCCAGAUGCCUGUUUGCUGUCUUUUCUGUCCUCAUUACUACUGCACCAAGAGUUUUUAUUGGACAAAACAAUGGGUCAGAUCUGCUGCUAGUGUAAAUUGGCUUAGCUCUGUUAACUUUCAAGGCUCAAUGCUGAUUUGCACCCACUGAGAGUGUGGCGUAUUGCUCCAUGCCUAGGAGAUCAACGGGUACCUGGUCCCUAGGGCCAAUUAAAACACAACUACAACGAUGCAGCAUUUCAGUGCAACCAAGAAUCUAAACAGAAAAAUACAUGUAAAAAGAGAGUAGUACAAAUAUACCAUUAAGCAAAACACAUGACAAGAUAUUAAAGGGGUGGUUCUCAGCUAUGUUCAUGUUGAUCAGCAUUGAUGGUACAUUAACAUGUGGGGCCAGAGCCUCAGCUGGUAUAAAUAGGCAUAGCUCCCUUGAGAUGCAUAGGUGAUAUGCGUGACACUUUUUUUCUCUGCUCUCUCAUGCAUAUGUUAGUGUGGCCUGUGAGUAUUUCCCAGGCUAAUUUUCCUGACUGCUUUGCAAAGCUGGUACCACUAUAAGAUCCAUUUUCUUGUAAAUUGUCCAGUAACAAUGUCAGAGGAGUGCUCAGCUUUCUCCUUUAAGGGGAAACCUUGCCCCUUCCCCUCUUCUUACACCACAGCUCCAUGGUGUUCCUUAUAUUCUGUCACCAAGGGAUGGUUGUUCCACAAUAUAGUUCCACUGACCUGGCCAUUACCCAUUGGGGACCAGGUCCACACGGGAGUUGCAGAAGCUGCUACAGCCUCUUGGCUGCAUGACAACCAAGGAAUAUGGCCUGAAGAGAGAAAAGCUGCUUUGCUGUGCUCUAGGCUAAAGGUUUGCCCCUUUGUGAGGUAUCACAUCCUCUAGCUGCUUUAAAUUCCUCUUUCGGGACGGGAGUCAUGGCCUGGUUAGUGCAAUAAUAAGUAACCUCUUCAGGCUGUUUACUUUUUAAAUAUUAAAUACAAUAGGAAGGACUAAACAAAAAUCUGCCUUUUAUCCGUUUCUCAGAUUAAAGAAACAGAAAAGCAGUUAUUGUUCCGCUCCAGUGAUACCAGAUUCUAAAUAUCUAUGUUUAAUUUGACCUGAUGGUCCUGAAUCCACUUUUCUUCCAAUACAAAUCAGGAGUAAUUCCAUGGAAGUAAAUGGGCUAGAACCUUUUGGGCUGGGUGAUUUAUGCUUAGCACAGAACCACAGGGAUGGAAGCUGUGACUCCAAGCUGCACGGCUGCUCUAACUUGCACUGGCUAGUCACAGCCUCUGAGAGGCUAUUUAUUACCUUAGCCAGGGAUGGCUGGAGCACAACAACACUCCAGUCAUGACCCCCCCUCUUCCCACCCAGGCCCUGUAACAACCCCGCACUGCGGGAAACUUCAGCCAGGCACAGCUUUAUGGUCUGUUUACUCAAAAGGGCCAAGGAUGUGACCCGAAGUAGUCAGUGUAUUACAGUAUUUUUUUAUGACUGUUUAGCACAUAGCAGUAAGAUGAUCUAGUCUGAUAAAACUGAACUAAGCACUGGACUUUAAUUCCUUUGCUUUAUAAUGCUUCUAUUUCAUAAAAACAGCUGCUAAUGCUUAAAAUAUGCAGACUUGCACAGUGCAAAUCUAGAUGCAAACAGAUUGAGUCAGGAAGCUAUUCUGUUCUUUUACCACAUUAUCAAACAUGAAAAAGAAUGCCAUACAAAAUACUAGAUUGUAUAUAAGUCGUGUUAUACUUAUUUUAAACUCACACAUACACAGUGUUAAAAGGUAAAAGGAUUAUAUAAGCAUCUAUCUGCAAUUUUAAGCAAUAAUGCACGUAUGAAGGAAUAGACUUACUAUUCAAACUAGAAAACCGUGUUGCUAUUUUAUACAGUAAGAGUGGAUUAUUGUAAACAUGAACCACUACUCUACUUAACAGCAAAUUCUCGUACAUACCUUCCAUAUGCAUUAGAUAUAUUUUUUGCAUAGCUGCUAAUGUCUGAGUACUAUCAUAUUUCUGUCUUAUUUAAUGAAAUAACAUGUAAACCUGUUUUGUAAUGAUUUAGCAUAUUAAAAGGAUGUCUAUUUGCAUUAUA